UAAAUGUAUACCUUGGUAUUUCUCAAUAACGACGAACGCAUUACUCUAGCUGGGCCAACGUAGCUUCCUUUGUUGUGGAGUAAAUGUACUUGUCAUUUGUUUAAAAAAAAUGAGUAAAUGCACGUAUAUAUUGCCUAAGUGUGUCGUGUGAAGGGGUUAUCGCAACGACGAACUGUACGAGCUGUCACCUUUUCACUUCAUGAACGGAGUAUCGAAACAACGACCCGGACGUGUUGUCACUUUCUUAGUGUGCUUGUGAACGGAGUACCACAACUACGGACCGGACGUGUUGUCACUGUCUCAAUGUGUUUGUGAACGGAGUACCGCAACAACGGACCGGACGUGUUGUCACUGUCUAAUUGUGUUUGUGAACGGAGUACCGCAACAACGGACGGGACGAGCUGACACUGUCUUAGUGUGUUCGUGAACGGAGUACCGCAACAACGGACCGGACGUGUUGUCACUGUCUUAGUGUGUUUGUGAACGGAGUAUUGCAUUAACGGACCGGACGUGUUGUCACUGUCUCAAUGUGUUUGUGAACGGAGUAUCGCAACAACGGACCGGACGUGUUGUCACUGCCUAAUUGUAUUUGUGAACGGAGUAUCGCAACUACGGACCGGACGUGUUGUCACUGUCUCAAUGUGUUUGUGAACGGAGUAUCGCAACAACGGACCGGACGAGUUGUCACUGUCUUAGUGUGUUCGUGAACGGAGUACCGCAACAACGGACCGGACGUGUUGUCACUGUCUUAGUGUGUUUGUGAACGGAGUACCGCACCAAGGGAUCCGACAGAGGAGACAUCGUGCGGACAGAGAAUCGGAGUUGCAGAUCCGGACGAAGUGUCACUGCACUCUUACACAUGUGCUCGUCCGAUUUGUAUCAAUCACGCCCAUCUAAAAACGCGUGCGCUCGUUGAUAUUGAAGUAUAAGGACAAGGGACUACCCGUGUAUGAUAUGUCACGUGAGGGCGUGAUUGUGUCGAUCCAGUGUGGAUUUGUUAUCGACAUUUCCUUUAAGAUGUGAUACAAUAUCAAUAAAACUGUUCUGAUCCAUUACUUAGAUACAAAUCUGACGGUUAAGGACGGCCCUACUGCUUCCGUGAUUAAACGUCACCAGUAUAAUGUCCAAGGCCACUGAUAUGAGUAAGCGACACUUUCUCUUGCCCUGUGCGUCUAUUGUUUUGAUUGUGUAGUUUACGAAUUGUAAACAAAUAAAGAUUGACAGAGUGACAAGGGAACCGGUUUAACCCCAAAACAGUCAUCAUGGUUCGGCUUCGUGACACGAGAAUCUAUAAAAUUCUGGCCGAUGGGUGCCUGUCUGAAAUUUCAUCCGAGUGUAUCAAGCACGUGCAGAGCGGUAAGAAUGUUAACCUCCGUGACGAGGACACUGGGGAGACAUAUCUUCACCUCCUGGCCGAUUAUAUAGACCGUUUCCGGUCCCCUCAGGGCGUCUGCGUCAUCUACAUCAUGGCAUGCAAAGGCAUCGACCUUGACCUUCUCGACAACGAGGGCAAUUCUUUCCUCCACAGGAUUAUGCGCAAACCUCACACGUACAGGGCCGUGGUCGCUGUGAUCAGGUGCGGCGCCGACCCAUUGGUUAAAAACAAGGAUGGGCAAACUCCCAGAGACGUUCUGCUGCAGUCCAAACCAGAUGGAUGGGAGGAAACACUUCAUUGGUUCAACAAGUUCUCUCCAGGUCUAUACCGGGCAUUGACGGAGAAGAAACCGGACAGGAUCUUAGUAAAGAAACUGCUCCAAUAUCUUUGUCGGACAAGUGUUCAGAAAAACGGAAAACUGGUUUGCCUAAAAACAGUCGCCAAACGGAAUUUACGAGAUCUCGACCUUGUUAAACUGUUGGGAAAAUACGAAAAUACCAAUGAGUUUGCCCUGGCUCUGCUAACGGGCAAGGCUCUGGCACUUCAAAUCUUCUUAAAGGAUGUUCCAAACGCAAUGGACAAUGUCGAUAUCAACGUCACUGACCACAGCUAUCAGUACCGAUAUCCUGAUUACCCAGAAGUACCACUUCCGCUUCUCGCGGCAUUAUGGGAAGGCAACAUGGAGGAAACUGUUUUCGCCCUACUUGAUAUGGGUGUUGAUACAUCAAUGUUGUUUUCAUAUAAUCCAGAUAUCGAGCCACCGAAGCCCCUGUUCUUCCAGGUGUUGUGUGAUAUUGUGAAGCUGACGGAUUCAAUGAUACACAGAGUAUUGGAAGCUUCGGACUUGUCCGCCCGGAAUCCCGACGGACAGACAAUUGUGUACGAGGCAAUAGCGCGUGAUUACCCGGACAAUUUUAUUAUCAGUCUUUUCAAAUAUGGCGCCAAUAUUGCAUCACGUGACAAGUAUGGCCGCACAGCCCGUGACUACGCAGAGUUAAAUGAGAAGCCAGGCUAUUGUAGACUGAUAGAUACGUGCGUCGUAGAAAUGGUAAAGGAGUGUAAUAUAGAAGGCGUGGAAGACCUUCUACGUCACGGAUACGACCACCUUCUGGACGUAACAGACAAAGAUACGGGAAACUCUGUCAGCGAUAUUGCAUGGGGCCGGUCAUCAAUGAUCGGCGAGCUCCUGAGGAAAGCGGACGCGAUAAAGGAGCACAUCCGGAAGUUGUUUCAGAAGGCAGAGACUGGAAGUUUAGGAGAGCUACGGCGUUUGUUAGGUAGGAAAUACGCAUCUGCGGUAGACCGCUGUGGGAGGACAGUCUUGCAUAUCGCCAUUUUCAACGGGAAGAGAAGCAUCGUCAGCUACCUCGCCAAUAACUAUCCACGACUCCUUGAUGUCCAGGACAAUUUCGGGAGGACACCCCUUCACUACGCACAGCUGUGUAUGGAAGGAGACCUAUCGCUGUCAGCCAUUACCAAGCAAGGGAACAUGCGCCUACGGGACGUGCAAGGCCUGACACCACUGCAGUAUAAGCCCGAAGAGUGUGGCGAGCGAACCUUCUCCAUACUCAAGAAGUCUGUUCAGGAGAUGGCAAUGGAUGUCUUCCUCAGUCAAACACAGUUCAACCAGUCCAUGAUGGCGGCUAUACAGAAUGAGGACUUGACGAAGAUACAGCGCCUCAUGCGAGGUCUGCAAGUCCACGGGGACAUAACUCGCCACAGCUCACUGCUCUUUUCUUGUAUUGAGUUGGGCAAGGAAAGUGCUGCUAUACAACUGAUCCAAGAGGGACUUAGCACAGACAUCUUCAAACAGUAUCAGAAGUGUGACUUCAACAGUACAGCAUGUGUCACGUGUCAGUGUAACCACACGGUGACGUCAUUCCGAGAAAAGGCAGAGGAACUGAAGAGACGACGGGUGCUACACUUCUUAGACCAAUUACAGAGAGAUUUAAACAAGAACGUCCUAAUGUCACCGAGGGCCACCCCCGAUGUUAGCAACUUCGAAAAAUUUGGGAAAGUGUGACACAAUAUGAUGAAGUACUCAUGAUAAUGUGGCCUCUUGACACAACAUGGAGAAACUGGUGUAAGCUUCUUUGGAAAAUAGAAUAUGUAUUUUUCACACACCACCCUUAUCUGUCGAAAACUAGCGUAGGGUCUUAAUACAAAAAGUUUAAAUAUGCCGGUGGUAAGCAUCUAGGAAAUUCAGUCAUGUAACCCGACUCUAGAAUAAAUAUUGCUAAGAGGCUGAGCCUAAUGCUAACUGAACAGUUCCUAGAAUAAGUGGUCGAACGACUAACGAUAAUUCAGAAAGAAAACUCACAACUUUAAGUUGUUACAGUUAACGAUGAACAAUGGUGAAAUAGGAACACGUUGUAAUCACAAGACAAUGAACGGGGGAACGAAUAAGGAAAGCGACGUCAGCUAGAGCUGUGGAAACAAUUACAUAAAAAUCAGGAUGCAUCAAUGGAAACUGAGGAGACAACAAAACAAUAAAAAGAAUUAAGCCACCUACCAUUGACUGUCCCGAUGUGAGAUUGGUAUUGGUCCUUGCUUACACAUUCUUCAUUCGUUUUCAUUUGUUUUUAUUACAAUAUUGGCCUUGGUUUGAUCGCAUUUAUCCGUCAUGGUCGUGCCAGUAAGUCAUUACAGCCCUAUGAGGAAUUCAUCCAUACAUUCCAGGAGAGAUGGAAGUUAUUUCAAGCACAGAAAUUUGAAUACCUCUUAAUUACUUUUGUUUGAUGCGAAAUUGUCGAGAUUGUUUCAUCUGAUAUCUGGUUUCUCCUUGGUUGAUAUAACAACACGCUGUGCAUUUUCUUUUGUGCGAUAAAUUUCUCUGUAUAUCUGACGUAGAAAAAAAUCAAUGGCUAAUGAUGUUAUGAUACUAAUGGGAAUACUGCAUUUGAGAAAAUUGCUACAAAUAUGCGAGUUAUUAUUUCAAUCUCUUCGUUACUUAUUACUAAUCUAAACAAAAGUAAUAAAAUCAUCUGAUGUUGUU